ACGGCGGGAAGAUGGCGGCUGAGGCCUCCCCAGCAUCUUCAGCCUCCGCCGAGGGCCGCGGCCUGAGGUCCCCACUUCUCCCCGCUUCCAGCGCCGAGGCCAACUCGAAAUGGUUGGACGCCCACUACGACCCCAUGGCCAACAUCCACACGUUCUCCGCCUGCCUUGCGCUGGCCGAUCUGCACGGGGAUGGAGAGUUCAAGCUGGUGGUGGGGGACCUGGGGCCGGGGGCCCGUCAGCCCCGCCUCAAGGUGCUCAAGGGUCCCACCGUGGCGACGGAGAGCCCGCUGCCCGACCUCCCGUCCGCGGCCGUGGCCUUCCGCAUGGACCCCCACGAGGCCCGGCCCCCGGCCCUGGCCGUGGCCUCGGGCCCCUGCGUCUAUGUCUACAAGAACCUGCGGCCCUACUUUAAGUUCAGCCUGCCGCCGCUGGCCUGCAAUCCCGUGGAGCAGGACCUCUGGAGCCAGGCCAAAGAGGACCGGAUCGACCCACUGACCCUGAAAGAAAUGCUGGAGGGAAUCCGGGAGAAGGCCGAGGUGCCUCUGUCCGUGAAGUCACUCAGGUUCUUGCAGCUGGAGCUGGGGGAGAUGGAGAAUUUCGUGGCUCAGCACAAGGCGAAGCCCAUCAAGCGGCAGGCGGUGAUCACCGCCAUGACCGCCCUGAAGAAGAAUCUGGCUGACGAGGAGGCCGCCUCCUGCCUGCUGCUGGGAACCGAGAACAAGGAGCUCCUCGUCCUCGAUCCCGAAGCCUUCACCGUCCUGGCCAAGAUGAGCCUGCCCGGCGUCCCAGCGUUCCUGGAUGGGAUGGGGCAGUUCGACGUGGAAUUCCGCCUCGCUGCCGCCUGCCGGGACGGAAACAUCUACAUCCUGAGACGGGACUCCUCGCGCCCCAAGUACCGCAUGGAGUUGGGCGCCCAGCCGGUGGGGCUCGUCCGCGUCCACAAAACCCUGGUGGCGGGGAGCACCCAGGAGGCCCUGCUCGGCUUCUCGCACAAGGGGAAGAAGCUGUGGACGGUGCCCGUGCCCGCCCCCAUCCUCACCCUGAGCAUCCUGGAGCAGCGGUCCAGGGGCCUGCAGGCCGUCAUGGCCGGGCUGGCCAACGGCGAGGUGCGACUCUACCGGGACAAGAUCCUGCUCGACGUCAUCGCCGCUCCGGACGCGGUGACCAGCCUGUGCUUCGGCCGCUACGGGAGGGAGGACAACACCCUGGUCAUGACCACCCGAGGCGGGGGUCUGCUCAUCAAGAUCCUGAAGAGGACCGCGGUGUUUGAAGAGGCGGGAGGGGAGUCCGGGCCGCCCCCGGCCCAGGCCCUGCGCCUCAACGUCCCCCGCAAGACCCGGCUGUACGUGGACCAGACCCUGCGGGAGCGGGAGGCCGGCACAGCCAUGCACCGAGUCUUCCAGGCCGACCUGUAUCUGCUCCGGCUGCGGGCCGCCCGAGCCUACGUGCGGGCCCUGGAGUCCGGCCUCGGCCCCGUGGCGGCCGCCGCCCCCGGGGAGCCGCUCAAGCUGCGCGCCGUGGUUCAGGGCCUGGGCCCCACCUUCAAGCUGACGCUGCACCUCCAGAACACGUCGGCCGUGGCCCGGCCCGCCGUGGGGCUGCUGGUCUGCCUUCUGUACAACGAAGCCCUCUACGCCCUGCCCCGGGCCUUCUUCAAGGUGCCCUUUCUGGUUCCUGGGCUGAGUUAUCCCCUGGAGACCACCGUGGAGUGUCUCAGCGACAAGGGCGUCUCAGACAUCAUCAAGGUCCUGGUGCUGCCGGAGGGCCAGAGUGCCCCCCUGCUGAGCGCCCACCUCAACAUGCCCGUAAGCGAGGGGCAGGUGGCCGGCUGAGCCGGCCGGGGCACGGGGGGCGAGUUAGAGGCGGAGAGAGGAGCCCAGCGGUCCCGUCGGGGGGUCCUGUGACCCUUUCCUCCGGCCAA